AUGACAAUCUUUCAAAGAACAGAUCCAAAGUAUAGUAUAAGACGAUGUAUUGUAUUUGUACCAAUUUUUUCACCUCAACUUGAAAAAACACCAAUUUGUCGAGCAAUAUUUGAAGAAGCUGGUCGACUUCUAAAACCAAUUGUACCUGUAUUAGCUAUCAAAGACUGGAGAUCUGAAGAUUGGCUUGGUUUAACAAUUGCUAGAUGUAGCCUGUCGGCCGGUAUGGAUAUGAAAGCACCAUCACCCAUACUCGACGAAUAUGGAUUACCAAAACGAAAAGAACUCGAUUGUAUGAUUACUUAUCAAUGGGAUAGUCAACGGCUUGUUCGUAAAUUUUAUGAAGAUAUGUCAAUGCGUGAAAUUAGUACAUGGUUUGAUAUUUGGUGUUCAAUGCAAGUCAAUACUAAUAAAGCCAUGGCUACAGGUGUGGAAUGUGCUAAAGUAUUACUUGUCUUUCUAUCUAAAGCUUAUAUUAAAUCUGCUAAUUGUAAAAUGGAAUUUCGAUAUGGAGUUAAGCGUGGAAAAGCAUUUUUUGUUAUUCGAACAGAACCAAAUAUUCAAAUGGAACAAUGGAUAGAGAAAGUUGCUAUAAAGUUUUUAUCGAUGUUUAUAUGUCUUGAAAUUUGUCAUGGCUCAUAA